GUUACAGCAACCAGCAGUGCCGAAAGUGGCGAGAGCUGACCCUACAGCUGUCUCUGCAAUUCAGAAUCCAGUCUUCCGCUGACUCCAGCGCCACGACAUGGCGUCCACAGCGUUUGUGCUGAAUGCUGGAGUAUUUGCAUUAGCUCUAACAGUUGCGAUUCCGAUAUUUCCAACGUUGGCACAUCAGACACCGUGUACUACAGAAACAACUUAUCCUUAUGGGAAACCCGCAGUAAUUGUCAAAACAACCGUUACAUGCAGUCCAGAUCAUGAUGGCCACAAAGCAGGCGUCUGUUCGAAAUACGAUAUGGAGGUCACGAAUCAUAUUAUAAUAGCGCAUCACAGUCAGGAGACAGAGGUGGUGACGACAGGUGAACCACUCGACUCCGUUGGCUACAUCAACUGGGACGAGAGCGCUGGUCCACCGUCCAUGGAAGGUGAAUGCGGCGCGGUGUGGGAGGCAACGGGCAAAGUCAGGAACAUCCGCAGCAAAGUCCCGCUCCCGUUCGUCUGUGAGCUGCCGGCGUAG